AUGAUAAAAGAUUGCUUUGAGUAUGCAAAAUCUUGGGAGGAGUGUCAAAAGCAUGGUAACAUUCAAUACGUCCCAGCAGCAGAGUUACAUUCCAUAAUCAAGCCAUGGCCUUUUCGAGGCUGGGCUUUAGAUCUCAUUGGCCAAAUCCAUCCCCCUUUGACGAAAGGCCAUAAAUUCAUCCUUGUAGCUGUCAACUAUUUUACGAAAUGGGCCAAGGCAAUUCCAUUGAAAGAAGUUACUCAGAAUGAUGUUAAUUUUAUCGAUGAAUACAUAAUUCAACAAUUCAGAAUACCAGAAACAUUAACAAUUGAUCAAGGAAUCAUUUUUGUCGGUCAAAAAAUAACUCAAUAUGCUAAAUCCUUAAAUAUAAAAAUGGUAACUUCGACGCCAUAUUAUGCUCAGGUCAACGGCCAAGUGGAGGCAGUAAAUAAGAUUUUGAUCAAGUUGAUCAAGAAACACAUCGGGUCAAAGCCAAGAAAUUAG